ACCUCACACUUCGCGGUUCGCUGAUGGAAGGCCUCGUCCCGCUGCUCUACAAGGCCAUCAAGGAGCGGCGGAGCAACGCGGGCGGCCGCCGUGGCUACCGCACCGGAGGUGCCCUCCCCUCCUCCGCGCCCGUGGACCUGGACGACUCCGAGCAGAGGAGGCAGUGGCUGCAGCUGCAGGAGCUGCGGUCCCCGGCCCACGCGGCGGCAGCGGUGGCGGUGGCGGAGACCGAGGGGUCGCUGCUGCACCGGCGGAACCUGUCGCUGGAGGAGCUGGCCGGCGAGGUGGGAUUCUCGCCCGACCGGCGGCUCCGGGUGCCGCUGCCCAAGGCCAGGAGCGUCCGCGCCUUCGCCUGCAUGGGCGCCGCCUGAUUGAUCGCCGUCUACGCCGUGUAAAAGGUGUGGUUAUAUAUUAGUUACUAAUAGUUGUGCUGGAAUUGGAGAACUGGAGGUUGUAUAUGCAAACGAGUGCCCUUUUACUUAAUUUUCACGUUCUUGA